CUUAUAUUGAUUCUGAUGUGUCUUUUUCUUCUUUUUAAAAACAAAAACAAAAACCAGCCAGAGACCGCUGCUGCUUUGAAACGGACGAUAGAAGCCCUGUUGGACAGAGGGGCCAUAGUGAGGAACUUGGAAAACCUGGGUGAACAAGCACUUCCGUACAAGAUGUCCGCCCACAGUCAGCGGCAUAAUAGAGGAGGGUAUUUCUUGGUGGAUUUUUAUGCACCAACAACAACUGUUGAAAGCAUGAUGGAGUACUUGUCUCGAGACAUUGAUGUGAUUAGACCGAAUAUCGUAAAACACCCCCUGACCCAGGAGGUAAAGGAGUGUGAAGGAAUUGUUCCAGUCCCACUGGAAGAAAAACUAUAUUCCACAAAGAAGAGGAAGUGAGAAGAUUCACCAGAUUUUAGACUUAUAUUUAAUUCUCUCACUGUCAAGCUAGAUGGAUUACUAAUUCACAAGCUUGACCUUUCUAUAAGAGUGUGUUAAAAAGUGUGUUACAGGUGCUGCUUGGUUUUCCUAGCUCCUGACUCCCUUUGCUGUGAGAGGUGGGGGAAUGGCUUGCCUAGAGCCACCCUGUGUCUGGUGGUAGCAGCACGUCAUUCUGUAUUUUGUUAAAUUAAUGUAGCUUCUUUGUCAAUGAGGUCUUUUUGCCCUACAACAACACUAACACCGUUUUGAACAACAAAACUUAUAAAAUGGCCUGGAUUGUGAGCUAGUCACUCAGACUGUAUAACCAUGUGAAAUAAAAUGUCAUUCAUACUGUAAAACCAUGCACUAUUAUAUAAUUUUGAUCCGAGUAAUAAACAUGGUUUUAAAAAAC